GGUGGCCGCGGGCCCGCGCGGCGCGGCCAUGGGCCGGGAGGUGCGCGUGCUGCUGCUGCUGGGCCUCCUGCACUGGGCCGGGGGCGGCGAGGGCCGGAAGACCUGGCGCCGCCGGGGCCCGCAGCCGCCCCCGCCCCCGCCGCCCCCGCCGCCGGGCGCCGGGCCGCCGGUGGAGAGCUUCCCGCUGGACUUCACGGCCGUGGAGGGCAACAUGGACAGCUUCAUGGCGCAGGUCAAGAGCCUGGCGCAGUCCCUGUACCCCUGCUCGGCGCAGCAGCUCAACGAGGACCUGCGGCUGCACCUCCUGCUCAACACCUCGGUGACCUGCAACGACGGCAGCCCGGCCGGCUACUACCUGAAGGAAUCCAAGGGCAGCCGGCGCUGGCUCCUCUUUCUGGAAGGCGGCUGGUACUGCUUCAACCGAGAGAACUGCGACUCCAGGUACAACACCAUGCGGCGCCUCAUGAGCUCCAAAGACUGGCCGCCCACUCGCACAGGCACUGGGAUCCUGUCCUCUCAGCCGGAGGAGAACCCCCAUUGGUGGAACGCCAACAUGGUCUUCGUCCCGUACUGCUCCAGCGACGUCUGGAGCGGGGCCUCCUCCCGGUCGGAGAAGAACGAGUAUGCCUUCAUGGGCGCCCUCAUCAUCCAGGAGGUGGUGCGAGAGCUCCUGGGCAAAGGGCUGAGCGGGGCCAAGGUGCUGCUGCUGGCCGGGAGCAGCGCCGGCGGCACCGGUGUGCUGUUGAACGUGGACCGGGUGGCUGAGCGGCUGGAGGAGCUGGGCUACCCGGCCAUCCAAGUGCGGGGCCUGGCGGACUCCGGCUGGUUUCUGGACAACAAGCAAUAUCGCCGGACCGACUGCAUCGACACCAUCACCUGUGCGCCCACGGAGGCCAUCCGCCGAGGCAUCAGGUACUGGAACGGCAUGGUCCCGGAACGCUGUCGGCGCCAGUUUAAGGAGGGCGAGGAGUGGAACUGCUUCUUCGGCUACAAAGUCUACCCGACCCUGCACUGCCCAGUGUUCGUGGUGCAGUGGCUGUUUGAUGAGGCCCAGCUGACCGUGGACAACGUGCACCUCACGGGCCAGCCUGUGCAGGAGGGGCAGUGGAUGUACAUCCAGAACCUCGGCCGAGAGCUGCGCGGCACGCUCAAGGACGUGCCGGCCAGCUUUGCCCCCGCCUGCCUCUCCCAUGAGGUCAUCAUCCGGAGCCACUGGACAGACAUCCAGGUGAAGGGGACCUCGCUGCCCCGGGCCCUGCACUGCUGGGACAGAAGCCUCCACGACAGCCACAAGGGCAGCAAGGCCCCCCUGAAGGGCUGCCCCUUCCACCUGGUGGACAGCUGCCCCUGGCCCCACUGCAACCCCUCCUGCCCCACCAUCCGCGACCAGCUCACGGGGCAGGAGAUGAACGUGGCCCAGUUCCUCAUGCACAUGGGCUUCGACGUCCAGACCGUGGCUCAGCAGCAGGGACUGGAGCCCAGCAGGCUCCUCGGGAUGCUGAGCAGCGGGGGCUAGGGGGGCUGCCUGGAGGAGGCGGCCCCGGGGGGGGGGGGCACACGGCCUGGGGGCCACCUCACGCCCGCCACC